UAGGUUAUUGUCCUUCACCGGAGACAACUGCCUCUUUUGGUUCACCAUCCGCGGAUUUUGUUUGCACUAGGAGACGGUCUGUGUCUAAACCAAUCAGAAGAGUAGAACUCCUGAAAAGAAUCUCAUCUUCUUCUCCAAGCUUUCCAUCAAACUGCAAAAGAGAUGAGACAUCAGACGACCAUCCUUCACAAAGUUUACAAGAUGCAGACAUUAACAAUAAUAAAAAAUGAUUUGAGUUUGUUAAACCAACCAUGCCCAUUUAUAAAACUGGCUCAAAUUGUGGUAAAAGGAGACCCAUAUCAGCUCCAGCAGAGCUAGAGUCUACCGACAUGUCAUAUGAUAAUGAAGAAGUCAUACAUUUUUCUGUUGAUGAAGAUGAUGAUGGUUUCAUUGAUUACACUCUUCUUGAACAGGCUGAGGACAAUGCCUUUUCCAUGUCGUCAACUGUUGCUGGUUUGAUGACAAAGCCAUUAGCAAAUUCUAACAUCAUUAAUAUAUGCAACACGGAAAAAACAUCCAAGGCUUGUGUCAGUAAUGUAUCUACUGGUAUGACAGGACUGGAUUCCUGUAGUUUAUUUAAUCCCGUACUGUGUAAUGUUAACCCUGAGAUUAAAACACAGCGAUCCAAAUCUGUCUCUAUGAAGAGACCAGUACCACCACGUGAUGAUAGUCCGGAAGAGAGAAAGAAGUUAAGGGGAAGAUGUUCAUCUGCAAUGGAAGCGAGCUGGAACUCGCCAUUGUUUCUUCCUAGACCUGUCAAAGUUCUUCGUAGUCCGUUAAUGCGUUCAAUGUCCGUUGUUGAACCAAGGAGCCGUCAAGAUAUCGAACAAUUCUUAAAUCCAGGACAAGAUAACAAAAAUUUGACUGGAGAUUUUGCUAAGGAAAAUAUUUUACCGACGAUCAAAGGACAGCAUGCUGACCUUAAAACGGUGACGCCUGAAACGGUUAGCAAUGUUUUGAACUGGAAGUACGAAGAGAUUGAUCAGUUUUUCAUCGUCGAUUGUCGUUAUCCGUACGAGUACGACGGUGGACAUAUUAAGACCGCCUUGAAUUUUCACAAGAAAGAAGAAAUUUACGACUUUUUUCUAAAGAAACCCAAGUGUGUUGAAAAUAAACGAACCAUUUUGAUAUUUCAUUGUGAGUUUUCGUCGAAAAGAGCACCCACGUUAUAUCGAUAUUUGCGCAACAAAGAUCGCGACAGUCACACUCAUUGUUACCCCAAGUUGUUCUACCCAGAGAUCUACGUCAUCCAGGGCGGUUACAAAGCAUUUUACGAGAAUUGCAAGGGGUAUUGUGAACCGCAGUCUUAUCGUCCAAUGGCUGACGAGAAUUUUACCCAAGAGUACAAGCGAUUUUCCAAACGGUCGAAGUCUUGGACUGAUGGUCAAACGGUUCGCAGGUCUUUCCGCCAAGGUCUGAAAUUCUGAUUGGUUUCAAAAUUGCAAUUUGUACAUACACAUCCUUGGAAAAUCCACGCAUUCAUGCAAGCUGUGUGGAAAAUGUGUUGUUUAAUUUCAAUGAAUUUUCACGUCAUAUUUAUGUUAAAAAUGUAAUUUAUAUAGAAAACAUACCCUUCGCGGGAAUUUUAAAAUACAUUACACAAAUAGGUUGUUGAUUGAUUGACUCCCACGUCAAAGUAAAUAAUGUAUACGAAUUUAUCUAGAUAGCUAGGCACAACACAUUGCGACUGUAUAUGGAUGUAUUUGUGUGUUUAAUAAUAUUUGUUUUUAACUUUUUGG